AUGGAGGUGCAUAAAUCCAUCGAUUUAUCUUCUUCUUCUGGUUAUGAUCCAGAUCCUAAGGAUUAUAUUGAGCAAUCGGCAGCUGAUGAGGUUAAUUUCGGUUUCAAUCAUCUUAAAAUCGAUGAAAAUGAUUCUCAUAAGCAACAGUUGACGCCGGAAUCGCCGGAAACUGAUGAUGAAGAAGAUGAGGAGGAGGAGGAGGAAGAAGGUGAUUUUACGUUUAUGUGUAUAGGCGAUAACGAUUCACAGACUAAUGAGGUGUUUGAAAGCGGCCAGAUCCGUCCGGUGUUUCCGUUGUUUGAUCAGAGUUUGUUAUUAGGCGGUGAUAACGACGGUGAAGGAAGAUGGCGGUUGCCGAUUCAUGUUCCGGUGGAUAAGGUUUUUAUCGAAUCGCCUCGACGAUCGCCGUCGUCUAUGGCUUCCGGAGAUCAACAGACAGACGAAGUAUCAGCGGGGACGUUCUGCGCGUUGCCAAAGGAAUCGGAUACCGGUACGCCGGAGAUCAAUAUGAAGAGCAACUCCACCGGAUUCUCGAAGCUCUGGAGAUUCAGAGACAAAAUGAAUCGGAGCAACAGCGACGGCCGUGACGCCUUCGUGUUUCUAGAAACUCCAGAGAGAACAAGAACAACACCGUCAACGUCAAUCGGAAAAUCGAACGCUGGCGAUGACUUGCCGGCAAAAGUCAACGGCGCCGGCGGAGUAGGAAAAGCAAAAGUGGUUAAAAAAGGAUCCAAGGCCCAAAACUCGAAGGCAUCGGCUCAUGAGGUUUACUUGAAGCAAAGAGGAGGGCAAACGGAGGAUGAACGGCGGCGGUCGUACCUACCUUACCGGCCGGGAUUAAUGGGGUUCUUCACGAAUGUGAAUGGUGGGUUAAGCAAGAAUGUACACCCUUUCUAA